UCGGCCGUCGUGUUUUCGGAAUAACUCAUCAAAUUCGAGCGAAAGGCGAAUUAAUCAAAUCACGGUUAGCAGGCAUCUUGAUAAGUCUAAAUAAAAGUCGCUCUCAAUCUAGUUUCUUACUGUGUCAAAGUUCUCCUACAACACGAACCUCGCGACAUUUACUUCCCGAUUUCAUCAGCGGAGACGCGAUCGUGAGAGGAAGCCAUAAAUUGAUCUUAACGAAAAGAGAGACAGUUCCGGGCGAAAUUGAAACGAGAUAGGAAUGAGUUUCGUUGGGGUCACCGAUGGAUUUCCACGUCACAAAUGAUCAUCUGUCUGAUCGUAUGUACUCAUCACGGUUGUGAUAAAGGUGGACUAUGAAAAGAAAAGAUAAGAUGGCUUCUUUUGAUGAAUGCUACUGUACUGAUAAUGAAGCGUGUAUUAAUGAAAAUGAAAACAACCAAAUAUUUGAACACAGCGUGGAAAGUUCUGGAAAUACGUAUGAUGAACUGCUCAUAGAUAGUGUAAAAAAUUUUCCUAAUUUAUAUGAUCAUUCUUUAAAAGAAUUUAAAGAUUUAAAAAUGAGGGAAAAUUCUUGGCUCGAAAUUGCUAAUAUAUUGCAUAUUUCAGUUAAGACUUGUAAAAACAGAUGGAUAUGCUUACGUGAUCGGUUCACAAAAGAGAUGCGCAAGAUAGAAACACAAAUUGGCAGGGUGGACAUUUACAGAAUUAAAUUCCCAUUAUUCGACAAAAUGUUAUUUUUACAACAACAUAUCAAACGAAGAAAGGGAUAUUCAAGAAUUAAUCCAACUGUAGAAAAGCAAUUAAUUGAUAUGAUAAAUAUCUAUUCUUCUAAUUUCAAUGAAGUCACAAGUAAUGCUUCUUCAUCGAAUCAAACGAUUCCAUCCAAUUAUUCAGAGAUACCAAACACUGAUUUUAAUGAGAAUUUACCACAUGUCUCUCCUGAUAAUAUACAAUUAUCCGAAACAUCAACUAAUUUUAUUCUUACAACGCCUAGUCUUCUAAAUAUUCAAAGUGAUACACAUCAAACUGAAAAUGUAAUAGAAACAAACACACCGUUACCAUCACCUCAAGACGAAACUUAUAGUUUUUCUGGCAUGGCUGUACUAACAAAUUUAAGAGAUUCAAUACCAAAAGUAUCAAGAGAUCCAGCAUCGAGAGAUUCAGUAUCAAGAGAUUCAGCAUUGAGUGAUUUAGUAUCAAGAGAUUCGUCGUCUCCUGCGCUACAAACAUUACCAAUCAAUAAAAAUACUGAUCCCUUAAACAAAAUAAACAAACGCAUAGAUUCUUGUAUAAGCGAUUUAUUUACAGUUCUUGAUGAUGUUAAAAAAGACACUCUUCAAGAUGUUCCUAUGACUAAUCAAUCAUCUGAUCAAAUGGUUUCAAAUAGCUCUGAUGAAUUAAUACGCGAUGAAAAAUUUAAUUUGUUGAUAGCUGCAGAAUUAAAAAAAAUGCCUACAUUCGAAAAAAAAUUAAAAAAACAAGCGAUUCUAAGUAUUUUAGAUCAUUCUGAACAUUUUGUAGAUAAGACAUAG